AUGAUUUUACCGAAAUGCGAGGACUUCAUCGGAUGUUUACCCCCCAGGAUGACUGCGUUGCUGAUCUCUGUUAUAAGUUUGGUGGGAUGCAUAGCAGAUGACAUGAUCUCGAGCCGCGCCCCGAGCCCCCACUGCACCCCAGCGGGGGAGCGGGUACAGUCAGCCCGGCACGUGAUCGUCACGCUGUUCCAGAUAGCCAACUUGUUGCUGCUACUGGCUUGUAUUGUAGAAAGCGCGUGUUUAGUGAACAUCUACGUGGCGGUGACACUAGGGUUCGUGGGUUUGGGUCUGAUCGUGGCCCUCAUGGAGUUCCUGGUCAAGUCCAAGGAGGAAGGACCUUUAAAAAGUCUGGUCUUGUUCGUCCCUGAAGUAUUGUUCCUCUUCAUGAUAUUCCGGUGCAUUCCACUAGUGGACAGAUAUCGAGGGCAACUGAAUAUGCACAUGGUCUCUGCUGAGCUGAAAGCGUCCCAGUAUCGACAGGCGAUUACUGGCGAAUACGCCGGCGUCAAAUUAUAA